AUGAGUCAGCCAGUCAAAGAAGUAUAUAUUUGCAGUGUUCAACGGAACGUAAUGUUGACGCUGAUUGCUGCUGAUAAGCACAUCACAAGGGAAGAAUUACCGAUCAGAUGCGUCAGUUCGAACGAUCAAUCUGUAGAGAAGAUCACUGAAAUUGGUUUUUACAAUGCGUUUCAAACGACUGGCGAAUGCAAAUGGACAUUGUUCAUAGCCGUUUGUUACGUCACCGAGGACAUCAAAAGGUUUAUCAUCGAAGGUAAUCGAAAAAACAACGAAAUGGCUGAGAUACCAUUUCGUCAUCCUGUCAAAAAGCGUCACGGUGUAGUGGCAUGCGUGAGUCCAUUGUUCGCUUUCGAGAAAUGGCAACUGCUAUUGAGUUCAAUUGAAUUCCGCAUUGCAUUUGGUGUAUCUAUGCAGGUUUAUUAUAUUGGUAGUAUUUUAACAUCGCUGAUGCAAAUUCUCCAUCGAUAUGAAGAAAUGGGCUUUGUGUCCAUCGAGAAAUGGUCAGGUAUCGAUAUUGGCGGCAUAAAGUCUGACUACGAUCCAAACUUAGAACUAGACUUCAGGAAUCAAGCUUCUGCACAUACUGAUUGUUUGAUUAACUUCAAGGAAUCAGCACAAUUCAUUAUAUUCUCCGAUCCAGAUGACAUGCUCUUUCCUCAGCUCGCGCCCACAUAUCUCGCAGAAUUCCAAGCCCUGCAAAAAUUCUCGGACGCACAUGUAUUCAUUUAUGAACGCUUUGAUGUGAACGUUUAUACAGGUAUGAGAGUGAUGCAGAGGAUAUCAGAAAAGUUUUCACUGAAGAAUAUCUUGACAGAAAGUCACUUCACAAAUAAAUGGAACUAUGGUAAAUGGGUGGCAAAUCCAGAGUAUAUUGUCAGUGCGUGGAUUCAUUGGCCUGGUACUGUCAGCGAUAAAUGUCAUAUCUACAACGUCCCGCAGCAAUACAACGUUAUGGCACAUUUUCGAAAGUGGCAUUACUCUGAUGAACUUUCGAAGUUCAAGAACGACCGUGUAACGUCACGAGAGGUUCGUGAAGAUUCAUCUUAUCAAGUUCAAUUCGCGAUUUUUUUGUACUUUGCAAGAUUUAUGAAUUCUGAGGACUUGUUUAUUGUCAGAAGGGCAUUGUCUGAGAAUAUUGGUAAAGAGUGUAGCAAAACUCGUGUUCUAACUCUCCUUCGUGAAAAAAAAACCGAUAUGAUUCUGGCGCUCGAUUUUUCACUGAAAUUAUUGCUGACGGAGGAGAAGUGUGAUCACAUUCAGCGAGAGUUUGAAGUGAGAACCGCAGCAAAUUUGAGUGAUAUUCUACCGUUGCUAGCACCUACUGAACAUUACUACCCAAUAAUUGACGCAUGCUAUAAGCGAAUGUUUUACUAUGUGUUCAUCGUUAUGUCAUGCCCAACUCCUUAUCGAUGUAAUCUUGAGCCUGUCAAAGGCCUUCACUGUACAAAUGCUCACACUGAAAACGCUCAUCAUCAACUCAAUUCCGAACAUCUCUAUAUUCAUUAUCCGAUCGAUGCAACAUUCAUCGAAUCAACAGACGGUUGUUCUUUGUGA